UGAAAUCAUAAUUUUAUAAGUUCUAAAAUCAAUAAAAAUGGGAGAAGAACAGUUUGGUGUUCGUCAUGUUAUAGGAGCACCUAUAGCGACUACAAGAUUAUCUGAACAGGCCAUAGUAUGUAUGCCGCCAAGGUCUGCAAAGUUCACGUUAGCAGAAUGGAAGCUGAGCAACGACAUGCGCUGCAGAAAUACCGAAGACCAGCAGCAGCUAGCAGAUCGCGUGAUCAGAGAAUCAGAAAGAAUAAGAGAAGAAACUGCCGAACGAGCUGACAUCAUGAAGGCAACAUCAGAUCGACGUAUUGAAGAACGCAUCGGUGAUAUUGAAUUCAAUAAGAAUGAGCUGCAAAUUCAAAGGAAAGAAAUAUGCCUUGAAUUAGAAGCAUUGAGCGUUUAUAAAACUCGUCUGCAAGAUUGUCUCGCUUCUCUACAGUCUAAUGCUCUUACUAUAUGCCGUAAGUGUUUGAUGCUGAGAGACGGCCGCAUUGGUAUCGAUUUAGUCGUCGAUGAGGUAGAACAUGCUCUUCAGCAAGAGAUUACUACAAUUCUCGGUGGACAGAGUCUGCUGAAGCGAGCUUUGGAACAAUUAAAUGAACAAAUGAGACGCCUUCGAUCUACUAGAUAUCUUCUUGAUCGAGACCUACAGUAUAAACAAGCCGCGAUAGAUUUAGAUCAAGGUUCGCUGUCUCUCAAGCCAACUAAUCUGUGCCUAUCUAUUUACGAAGGCUACGCCAAUCUCGAUCCAGCGAAUAUAUCAGCUGAUGAAUACAACGCGUAUUCCGCAAAAAACAUUCAGUUAGCUGCCAGAGAAGUGACCAGCGCUCGUCCGAUUCGAGUCUUCAUUGAUACUCUGUUAAAACAAGUUAUUGAUGAUCUUUGGGGAGCGUAUAACAAGUGUAACCACGAAUUCAAUGAGCGUAUAGAAGAUACGAAACGUGCGAAGGCAAAACUCGAAGAUAUGCACAGAGAGACGACUCAGAAGAUUUCUGAUAUGCAGAACAAUAUAUUGCAGUUGCAAAAAGCUCUAGCUGACAAAGAAGGGAAUACUGCAUUAGCUCAUACAAGACUGGGAAGAAGAGCACAGAGGGUUGGUGCUGAAUUAGUACGUGAUCCUCCUGGACAAUCCCUGUACUAUGAAUGUGAAAUGUUACGUCACAGCACAGAGCAACUGCAGCAGAUGCUUCAUGAAGCCAAUGCUUCUCUACGUUACCUCCUACAAACACAAAUCCAGCUCGAAGAAGACAUAAAUGUCAAAAUGAAUACGUUGAAAAUUGAUGAAGUGGAUUGUAUGACGCUACGCACUACGAUGGAUUAUCAUGCUUAUUAAUUUUGAUAUUGGG